UUUUUAUCUCUCGUCUGACAACUCGACAAAAAAAAACUCUCUCCCAUCUGGUAGCCUCCGCGUCGUGCUCGUCAAAAUUGAGAUUGCCUUCGGUGUAGAUGGAUGUUCUGGUAAUCUAAUUCCUGGCGCUCUCGGCUAAGAUGGAGGAUCUAGAUGCCGCAUCGUCUCUGCCGGCGAUGGCGGAUCCUGAUCCUGUUUUGCUUCAAGUGGCGAUGCAAGAUCCUAUUACUGCCUGGCUGGGGCCUGUCGGCCCCCUCCUCCGGAAACUCCAUCUCGCACACAGUCUGCCUCCAGAUCUGCUCAGAGAUGAUGAUGAUAUUCGUCGUCUCAAGGACUUAUGCAUGUGCCUGAAAAUUAUGUCGGAAGACCAGGACGCUAACUGCAUGGUCCAGUGGUGGAUGAAGAUGGCUCGGGAGCUUUGUUAUGACACGGAUGAUCUCCUAGACGAGUUCAGCGGCAUCGGGCUUCAUCUCCAUUUUCCAGCUCGUGCGAAGGAUGAACUUUCAGGAUUACUUGCCCGUGUUAAGGAUGCGUGUGAAAGGCGACAGCGUUUCCAGUUGUCUUCUCCAAAGGCUGGCGGGGCGGAAGCCGGUGCCAGCGGCCUCACAGUUCCCAUCUCCGGCUGUAGCACAGUUAGUCAUGUGGAGCUCCCAGAGCAACUUGUGGAGCUGCUAGCUUUAGACGACGACCAGAAGACACUCAAGGUGAUACCUAUAACUGGAUGUGCAGGUGUGGGGAAGACAACAGUUGCAAGAGCCUUGUAUCACAGGCAUGGGUGGAAAUUUCAGUGCCGGGCUUUCGUAACUGUGUCACGGAAUCCACAUAUGAGGGGAUUUCUCACUAGCAUGCUCUCACAGCUUAAAGCGCCAUGGCUCAAUGGCUUUCCUGAUGUGCCGGACCUUAUUCAUGCUAUCAGCAAACAUCUCCGAGGCAAAAGGUAAUGCAUCACCAACAUGGCAUGCUAUCCCGCAUGGUCUUGAGCUCCUUAAACAGGGGCUCAUAUGGCGGGUCGGGAAUGGCGAAUCUAUUCACAUAUGGCUCGACCCCCGGCUCCCACGACCCACGUCACAUAGGCCGAUCACAUCUCGCUCCACCAGCCGCCUUCGGCGUGUGCCUGAGCUCCUCGAUGCCAACGGACGGCGGCGCACCGAUCUCCUCCAGCAGCACUUUUGGGACCCAGACGUCCAAUGUAUAUUGGCUAUCAAGGCCAACCCACGGCGUCUGGAGGACGUCCUUUUGUGGGCGCCUGAUAUAUGAGGCAUCUUCAACGUCCGAAAUGCAUACAGGCUUGCACUGGAGAAAUAGAACUACACUAUCAUGUGCGCCACGAGCAGGGCACCGGAUGGCAUGCGUGCCAUCUAGAAGUAAGUGUGGUGGUGCACUGCCCCGCCUAAGGUACGAGUGUUUGCCUGGCGGAUCACAACAAAUUCUUUGGCCACUCUUGAAAAAAAAGAGGAAACUUGAAACAUCUAACGUAUGUGCUCUUUGUGGUAUGGAAUGCGAGAACCCAUUCCAUGCACUAUGUAGGUGCCCUCUUGCCCAGCAACUAUGGUCGGCAAUGGCGGAUAUAUGGACAUUGCCCAAGGUGGAAACUAUGACCAAUACUGGCCCUGAAUGGAUCAUUCAUCUUUUGGAUGGGUGCACAACGGAUAAUCGACUCCCUGUUAUCAUGACACUUAGACGGAAUUGGCAUGUACAGAAUGAGGUGUACCAUGGAAAGCCAGCUCCGUUAGUGGAAGCGUCAUGUCGAUUAAUAUAUUGAAACUCUACUGAACAUCCGGCAGCGUCCUAAUGCCGAUAUCGUCAAGGGGAAGACUGUGGUCCUCUAUGAUGAUCCUAAAGGGAAGCGGAAUGCACAUGAAAUGAGAACCUGCAUAAAGCCGAUGGAGCACUGGAGGAAGCCAUCACAUGGCUCAGUGAAACUAAACGUUGAUGGCUCGUGGGUUCAUGAAGAAGGUAUAGGAGGCGCCGGUAUGAUUCUCCGGGAUGAUACAUGUGCUGUCAUUUUUUUAUCGUGUCGAUUCAUCCCACGCUGUGUGAGUGCACUCGAAGCGGAGAUGGCCCGCAUCAAGGAGGGGGUGACCCUUGCACUGGAUAACAACAUGGAGCAUCUUGUUAUUGAGACGGACUGUGCGACGGCAGCACAUAUGAUCAAUGGCCAAAGCUCAGAUAGAUCACCGGUGGCAGGAUGGUAAAUGAUGUUAGGCAUUUACUUAGUUUUUUUUUGCGGGGAAGACAUUUACUUAGUUUGAGAUCACAUGAAAUAAAUAUCAUAGAGCGUAACCAGAAUGGGGCGAGCCAUGCGUUAGCUCGUAUGGGCGAGCCAUCCUUUAAACUGUUGUCUGGAUGCGGUGUGUGCCAGAUGAGAUUGAGGCUAUUUGUAAACUGGACUGG